AAAUACUGAGUCGACGCUGCCAACCUCUGUAUGGCACGGAGGGAAGUUCCCUGUCAAAAGUACACAGACAUGCACUCUUAGCCAGCAUCAAAAGUCCAAUGUUCAGCACCGCCUGCUCGCCUUUUUAUUUUUUCCGCCGCCGCUGCACUCAACACCCAGACUGCACCAGGACUCACAGCUGGCUGGGUUUGCGGCGAUAGAGGAGGUCCGGAUUGACUUCAAAAAGAAAGUUAGGCCGGGGUACCACAGUCAUGUCUGGACAAAACACAUUUGUCAGCCCGUUUCACAGACCCCAGUGUUUGGCUGCUGCAGCUCCGGCGGGGAAAGCCAAACUUACCCAUCCCGGCAAGGCCAUUUUGGCAGGUGGGAUUGCAGGAGGCAUAGAGAUCUGCAUCACCUUCCCAACAGAAUAUGUUAAAACACAACUGCAGCUAGAUGAAAAGGCCAAUCCUCCUAAAUACAAAGGCAUUGUUGACUGUGUGAAGCAGACAGUGAAAAGUCAUGGUGUGAGGGGUCUUUACAGAGGUCUAAGCUCGCUGGUCUAUGGCUCUAUACCUAAAGCAGCUGUCAGAUUUGGGAUGUUUGAGUUCCUCAGUAAUAAGAUGCGUGAUGAGAGCGGCAAACUAGACAGCAAGCGAGGAUUUUUCUGUGGCCUUGGAGCUGGAGUGGCAGAGGCUGUGGUUGUAGUCUGUCCUAUGGAAACAAUUAAGGUCAAAUUCAUCCAUGAUCAGACAUCAGCAAAUCCAAAGUACAGGGGAUUUUUCCAUGGGGUGAGGGAGAUUAUUAGAUCCCAAGGACUAAAGGGGACUUAUCAAGGGUUAACAGCCACUGUCCUAAAACAAGGCUCAAACCAGGCCAUCCGCUUCUAUGUCAUGACUUCACUAAGAAACUGGUACAAAGGUGAUGACCCCAACAAAGCCAUUAACCCUUUGAUAACUGGACUGUUUGGAGCUAUUGCCGGGGCUGCCAGUGUCUUCGGAAACACUCCCCUGGAUGUCAUUAAGACCAGAAUGCAGGGCCUUGAAGCGCACAAGUACAAAAGCACAGUAGACUGUGCGGUCAAGAUCCUGAAGCAUGAGGGACCACUGGCGUUCUACAAAGGUACUGUGCCUCGGCUGGGUCGGGUGUGUAUGGAUGUCGCAAUAGUCUUCAUUAUCUACGAGGAAGUUGUGAAGCUCCUGAACUUGGUUUGGAAGACGGACUGAAAUCAAGUGGUGCUAAAUAAGCAGGACUGUCAUGACAGGCCAAUCUCCUUAAAUCCUGUUUCUAGGUUCAAAUAUCUACCUCCAAGUGAUUUUUCAGAAAGAAAGAAAGAAAGAAAGGGAUUGGUAUGUUCUUGAUUUAUUUAUAGCACAGCAAUCAGUAGUUGGAACUAUUAUCUAGCAGAAUCACUGCUUACGGAUGCUCUUUUUUAAAAAUUCCACAGAACAUUAUUUCAUCCUGCUCAAUCAGAGAACUGAGAGCGCUCUCAACACAAACAAGGAACUAAAGUUUUUACGUACUGAAUCAAAGACAAACCAGUUACUUACCUAAUGUAAUAUUUAAACUAUAGGUUAAAAAAAUUAUGGGGAGUUGACUCAAAUUCAUUGAAUCAAAAAUUUAAACCCCUUUUAUAUGCAAGUUGUCAGAGAGGUUAGAAACCAUUGUGAGGAUGUGAAAUGCUCCAAAAGCUGCAGGUACAUUAAGAACUGCAUGGCUGAAGUCAAGAUUACAGAGUAACCAGUUGUGGAAGAUGCAGCAUUUCUUUAAAUGAUAAUACACAUGUUCACAUUAUUUAGAAAUGCACAUUUCCAUAAAGAAAGUGUUUGUGGGUAAAUAGGGUUCACUAUUAAGUUGCAGAGAUGUUUUAAAUCAGUUAACUUACUAAUGUCACUAAAAGUGCCUACGUAUAAUUCAUUUUGUGGUGUUUUGCGAAUAAGAAUGAUUAUUUAAUGUUGUCACUAAAGACUAGAAUAAUUUACACACACUGCUCUGUUCCAGUCAGUGUCUAAUAAGUUCAUGUCUUCUAUUAUCCUUCGAACUGUUAGGUUUUUUUUUUCAUGCAUUGAGAAAUGGUGUUAUUAGUGCCUUCCAUCUUAUUCCUUUCUCAUUAACUUUUAAUGCAGUUUUUUUUAUUCUUAACUGUGUAAUAUUAGUUGCCUUUUCUUUUUUAAUCAACUGAUGACCCAAUGUGCCAACUGCUGCUUGAAAAUAUAAUGCCAUGCUAUUAACUGGAGUUCUAGACAUGGAGUCUGGUUGUUUACAUGCAAUGCCUUUAAAUUAGUUUGCUUAUCUUAUCUCUUUGUGGAGGAGACACAAUGUUUACCACAUGUUGCCUUUUUCAGCCUCCCGUUUAACCAGACCCUGCAGGAGCGUCACACUUUGUCACAGAUUUUUUAAAUAUUUCUGGGGUUUUCUUGUUAACAGGUGAAUAUUAUAUGAAUUAUAUAUAUAGUAUAUGAAUUACCCAGGAGUUAAAAGCUGGUAUUGUGCCUUCGAUCUUCUUAAUUCUAAUAUGAAUGCUCAGAAAUAAACAUGGAUCAGACUGUUGGUAUGGUCUUUUUUUCUUUCAAUCCAUCAUCCAAAUU